AUGUACGGUAUACGAGUUGAAAAUGUUUUCAAAAAAGUUAUCGGAACGACCAUGGUUGAGCAAAGCGAGUGCGUUGUCUGUUCGGGCCCGGCAAUACAGAAGUGCUCCGGCUGCCAGAGCGUGCAUUAUUGCUCGAGGGAACAUCAGAAGAAGGACUGGAAGCUGCACAAGUUCCAAUGUUCCCCGGCCAGGGUAAAGCGAGAUGCGAACGUCGGGAGAUAUCUCGAGGCCACGAGAGACAUCAAGGCUGGCGAUGUUAUUAUGAAGGAAUCUCCGCUUAUAACCGGACCGGCGCAGGUUACUCCACCGGUAUGCCUAGGCUGCUACCAGCUGCUAGAACAGGGCUCCGCAGUGCCCUGCGCAGAUUGCGGCUGGCCCUUUUGCUCGGAGGCCUGCACCAAGAAGGAGGUGCACAAACCUGAGUGUCAUUACACUCAGAACAGAGGCGAGAAGGUGACAGUUUCCACUUUCGGCGUUCCACACCCGAACUACCAAUGCAUCACAGUUCUCCGUUGCCUGUACCAGCGGGACCACGACGAGAAAUUGUGGUGCAAGCUGCAAGCACUAGAGUCCCACUGUGAGCAACGCAAGGGCACCGAAAAAUGGAACAACGACAAGAAGAUGAUCGCAGACUUCAUCCCCAAGUUCUUCAAGCUAGAAGGGAAAUUUACCGAGCAAGAGAUUAUGAAAUGCUGCGGUAUCAUCCAGAUCAAUGGACACGAAGUACCGCUAUUGGAGCCCGAGUACGUGGCCGUGUUCGACAAAGUGUCGAUGGCGGAGCACGACUGCAGCGCCAACUGUAACAAGAGCUUCACUUCCGCCGGGGAGAUUAUACUCUGCGCUGGCGUGAACAUACACGCCGGUGCGCAUAUCUCCGUCUGCUACACGGACCCCCUGUGGGGCACCGAGGCGCGGCGCCACCACCUCGCCGACUCCAAGUUCUUCGAGUGCGCCUGUCGGCGGUGCAGUGACGUCACCGAAUUCGGCACUAUGUACAGCGCAGUCAAGUGCAAGAAGAAAGACUGCAAGGGGUACUUGCUGCCAGACACUUUCAUCCUGCCGAUUCUACACAAGACCACAUCGCCAGUUCCCGAGAGUAGGGGCUUGGAUCACAAGUUCUGGAAUUGCAACAGCUGUGGGGACGCCGUCUCUGAUGCGAUCAUACAGCAGCUUCUGCAGGACAUCGGCAGAGAACUGAGCGUGAUGCCUAAGGGCGACGUUGACGCCUGUGAGAGGUUCGUGAGCCACUGCUCCAGCUACUUGCACGCGUCGCAUCAUUAUAUGACCGACGUCAGCCUGGCAAUGGCCCAGAUGAUUGGACAAGAGCACAACCUGGGCUUAGCUGCGGUUAGUGACGACCGGCUGCUGCUCAAAACACAGCUGUGCAAGAAGCUCGCGGACUUACUGGAGACCCUGGCCCCAGCGGAGACACGCGUGCGGGGCUCUCUACUGUUCGAGCUGCACGCCGCGGUGGCGGAGACUGGCAGGAGGAAGUCUCUCACCGAAGGCCCUAAUGUAAUGCUAGGAUACGUCUCCGAGUCACGGAAGAUACUGCAGGAGUCGGCUGCCCUGCUGCGACACGAGCCCCUGGAACUGCCCGAGGGCCAGUUACGUCGCCAGGCCGCCCUCAACCUGGUGCAGAUGGACGAGCUCAUCAGCCGCCUGUCCUUAGCAUUGCCCUCUCCUAUU